GCCGCAUAAAAACGGGUUAGACCACCAGCAUUUCCGGUCAUUCAGCGAAAAUACGGUAUAAUUUGCAAUACUGUAUAGACUAUUAACGUGAAAGAUUGAUUUGAUGGGAUGCAAUAAUACAACAGAUGGACGAUAUGAACGAGAUGACCUUCUGUAGAAAACUGCUCCAUAUUUAGGUACUUUCUAUGGAAAACUGGCCUGUACUUUGGCGCUUUCUAUGAGAAAUUAGCUCCUGUUUAGGUGUUAAAACACGUGGAGAAAUCCCAAAGAAACUUUACGUGUUCAAUGUUUUUAUCUAUUCGUCACUGGUGGGCUAUUAAAAAAAGUACCCUAGGCUAUAAAAAUAUAUAGUUUUAAUGCUACUUAAAUACAAAUUAUUCUUACACGAAGAGCAGUUAUAUAAUUACAGAAAGUAUGGCAUUUUUAUAACGGCGAAUACUAUAAAAAAUAAAUUAAAAAAAUCUCUGAUUUGCAUUAAAAUUAUAACAGUAAUACAUCAACAAAAUUUUCUAUUGUGACGUUAAAAAUUUUGUUUACUUGUAAGCUUACCUGUUUGUUUUUCGUGCAUGAAUAUGCUUAAUUUGCAAGCAGUAUUGGCCAUUUUAUUAGAACUAAGUGACUUGAAUUUCGUGUUAAAGAUAGUUGCAAUGAUUUCACGAAUAUGGAAAUUCAUGGUAGUUCUCAUAGCUAUGAUGCGUGUAACUUCAGCAAGAGAAAAAUUUCAACAUUCUCCAACAUUUCAAUAUCCUCCAACAAUGAUGAAACAACCGCCUCAUGAGCAACUGUAUCAAGUGGUACAGAAUGAAGAAGAAUAUGAUAAACCAUUCGUUUUAGAUUGUGAAGCCGAUGGAAAUCCUGAACCCGUGUAUCGAUGGAAUAAAAAUGGAUUAGAAUUUGACUAUGUAUCUUAUGAUAAACGGAUCAGUCAACAGCCGCAAAGAGGAACUCUUGUGUUUACAAAACCUGAAGAUAUCGACGAAGGCCUUUAUCAAUGCUUUGCUGAAAACAGUCAUGGUACAUCAGUUUCAAAUUCAGUAUUCUUGAGGAGAUAUGAAUUGAAUUCAUUUCCUGAUACUGGCAUAAUAGAAAAAAAAGUGCUAGAAGGUGCACCAUUAAGUUUGAUUUGUGAUCCCCCUCCUGGCUAUCCAAAACCCAAAAUACAGUGGUUAAUAAUAUCAAGCAAAGGAACUUUACGCAGUAUUCACAGUUCAAGGCUUUCAGUUGACCCAGAAGGAAAUUUACAUUUUUCAAAAGUAACUGAAGAAGAUGCUUUAACUAAUGGAUAUUAUGUUUGUGGCAUAACAACAGCUUUUCAAAAAGAAUAUAAAUUAGGCAGCAAAUUUCAGUUGAGUAUCCAAACUAAUGGAGUUAUAAAUCCAUACGGUCACUCACUAAAACAGCAGUAUAUUUCACCAGUUGAGAAUACUGCAUUAGAAGGUCAUUCAUUUGAACUCCAUUGUAUUUUUGGUGGAACGCCAAUGCCGCAUGUAAUAUGGACAAAAAUAGGUGGAAUUAUUGACUACCCUAGACAUAGUUUUGGUCAGUAUGGAAGAACUUUAAGAAUUUCAUCAGUUACAAUUGCUGAUAAUGGUGUAUAUGAAUGUGCGGUCAGUAAUGGAAAUGGACGUGGAGUAGCUCAUGCAAUGAAUGUAACUGUUCAAUCCGAACCUUCUUGGAUUGAAGCACCAAAUAACACACAUCUUAGUGUAGGUGAAUCUGUGAAGUUCGUGUGCAAAGCAACGGGUAUUCCAGAACCGAAACUUGAAUGGUUUGUAAAUGGAGAGCCAAUAGAGAAAGCUUUACCAAAUCCAAGAAGAACUAUUCAAGGAGAUACUUUAAGUAUUGAAAAGCUACAAAAAUUUGACACUGCUGUGUAUCAGUGCAAUGCCUCAAAUAUUUAUGGCUAUGUAUUUAGAGAUUUUUAUUUGAAUGUUGCAGAUGUACCUCCAACAAUAACAGUGCCUCCAGAACCACUUGUUAAAGCAGUGAUUUCUUCAACAGUAGUAUUACGUUGUGAAGUAUUUGGUGCUCCUCAACCUGAUAUUAAAUGGAGUAAAAAUGGACGUGAAUUAACAGGAGGAAAAUAUCAAGUUAUUGGUAAGGGAAGCCUUCAAAUUACGAAUGUAUUAGUUUCAGAUCAAGGAACUUAUACAUGUAUAGCAAGAAAUAAAUUUGGUGAAAUGAAACGACAUGGGAAAUUAGAAGUAAAAGGUAAAACAAGAAUUAUUCAAUUUCCAGAAAAUUUUGAAGUAGCAGCAGGAAAAUCUGCAACAUUUAGAUGCAAUGCAGAGGCUGAUUCUUCAUUGGAAAUGAAGAUAACAUGGUUGUUUAAUGGCCUACCAAUUGAUUUUGAUUUAGAUUCCAGAAUGAUUCAGACAGUUGAUAAUUCAUUAACAAUAGCAAAAACAAUUGAAUUAGAUUCUGGAAAAUACAAAUGUUUAGCUCAAACAGAAUUAGAUCAAGAUGAAGCUGUAGCAAGUCUAACAGUUCAAGGUAAAACAAGAAUUAUUCAAUUUCCAGAAAAUUUUGAAGUAGCAGCAGGAAAAUCUGCAACAUUUAGAUGCAAUGCAGAGGCUGAUUCUUCAUUGGAAAUGAAGAUAACAUGGUUGUUUAAUGGCCUACCAAUUGAUUUUGAUUUAGAUUCCAGAAUGAUUCAGACAGUUGAUAAUUCAUUAACAAUAGCAAAAACAAUUGAAUUAGAUUCUGGAAAAUACAAAUGUUUAGCUCAAACAGAAUUAGAUCAAGAUGAAGCUGUAGCAAGUCUAACAGUUCAAGGACAUACCACUGUGGUGUGUGGAAGAGGGAAUAUGGACAAAUCUCCUCAAAUAAAAAGCUUGGCAGGUUGGAUCCAUUUGGAUUGGUGCAGGUGGAGAAAUGUGAUUACAAUGUCACCUUGGGCUAACUAUACAUUUCGUGUACUAGCAAGAAAUAAAAUUGGGAUUAGUUUGCCCAGUGACGCUUCUGACGUAUGUCAAACGCCAACAGAUGUGCCAUAUAAAAAUCCAGAUGGAGUAGAAGGUUUUGGUACAGAACCUAACAAUUUGGUUAUAUCGUGGACUCCAAUGCCGCCAAUUGAUCACAAUGCACCAGAAUUUUUUUAUAAAGUAUUUUGGAAACGUGAUGAUGAUUUGGAAGGUAAUUGGGAAUUUGUAAAGAUAACAGACUGGAAACAAAAUAGACAUAUUGUUUACAAUCAGCCUACAUUUAAACGUUAUCGGAUUAAAGUUGAAGCACACAAUUAUAUAGGACAGGCAAAUGACGUAGCGACUGAAGUAAUUGGAUUUUCUGGAGAAGAUGUACCAGAAGAAGCACCUCAAAUUAUUAAUUGUACAUACAUAAAGGAUAUUGAUGCUACCUAUGUUGCUUGGAAUCCUGUCCCAGAAAGUUCAGUUCGUGGAAAUUUCAAAGGUUAUAAGAUACAAGUUUUGGCAUAUGUGGGAGAUAUAAAAUAUAUAAAGGAAGAAAUAGUAAGUCAUGAUCAGAAUGAAACUCUACUGAACGUUCUUCAUCCAAACACAGAAAAUAAAAUUGUUGUAUUUGUUUUCAAUGGAAGAUAUAAUGGACCUCAAUCAGAAGCAUUCAUUGUUGCACCAGAAGGAACCCCUGGACCAGUUGCUAGUUUUAAUGCUGUGCCUUUUGGUUCAAGUGCAUUUCAUCUAUCAUGGGAAAAACCAUUAGAGCCUAAUGGAAAUUUAACUGGUUAUCAAAUAUUUUAUGAAGAAGUUUAUGGAACUUUAUUGGGUCCAAAAGUUGAGCGAGAACCACCUAUUACUAUACCAACGGAGACAAGAGCAAAACUAUUUGGACUCAAUCCUGCUACAAGAUACAGAAUAACUAUUUGUGCAACUACUAGAGCAGGUCAAGGAAUGCCUUAUUUUAUUGAAAUUGAAACUAAUAAAGCAUUAGAUAAACCUCCUGAAGUACCUGACUUUAAAUGGGUUGUUUUAUCACAUGGAGAAGAUAAACCUGGUAUAGCUAUUACUUGGAUACCAGCAGUAGGAUGUGAUCCAAGAGGUCAAUUUUAUGUGCAGUAUAGGAGGGAAAGUAAAUUUAUAAUUUAUUAUUGCUAAAAUUAAUAUUUAUUU